AUGGCCCGGGCCGGGGCGCUGGCAGCCCUCUUGGUCGCUGCCGAGGCGGAGAUUCGCGGAGUCGCGCCGGCGGAGCAAGCCCAGUACGCUGCCGCAACCUUUGCCUGCGAUGGCCGGCAGCUGCCGUCCGAAGCGGUGAACGACGACUUCUGUGACUGCGAGGAUGGCAGCGACGAGCCGGGUACGGAAGCCUGCGCGGGCUUCAGCAGCACGCUGUACUACUGUACAAACGACCAGAGCGACCCGUUGUACAUCUACGCCUCGCGAGUGAACGAUGGCGUCUGCGACUGCUGCGAUGGCAGCGAUGAGUGGCAGGCUGAGCGGAGACAGAUCACUUGUCCCAACACCUGUGCAGAGGAGGGCCGAGCUCUCCGCAAAGAACGGAGCCGGCAGAUUGCUGACCUCCACGCCGGCAUUAAGCAGCGGGAGAGCCUCAUCAGCACUGCGAAGGCCGAGAGGCUCAAGGCCGAGGAGGAGCUUCGGAAGCUUCAGGCACAGCUCCCAGACCUGGAAGGUGCUGUGCAGGAGGCCACCGCCCAGCUCGAGGAGGCGAAGCGCGCCGUGGCCGCGGAGGCCACGGCGCAGAGCGCGGCGAACGCGACAGAGGACAACGCCUCGGCAGCCCCGGCUCCAGCCGACGAGGUGCAGGAGGCCUUCGAGUCCCAGGUGAAAGCCGUGGAGGCCGAGGCCAAGGAGGCCAAGCCGGUCGUGUCCGAACACAGCAAGUGGAUGGAUGGUGCCGAGAAGGUGCUUGAGGAGGCGUCGGAGACGAAGCCGGAGGUCUCCGAGUACAGCAAGUGGAUGGACGGUGCGGAGAAAGUGCUGGCGGAGGCCGACGACUUCGACGAGGUGCUCAAGGAUGCACCCGACUUCCCGGACGACGACAACGAGCCGGCGAUCCCAGCGAGGUCUCCGUCGCCCUCCGCGUCCCGCAGCAAGGGCAUGGGGUUCUGGGAGCAGGUGAAGAGGAAGUGGGGCGAGAAAUGGCAGAACUUCCGGAACUGGGCCUUCGGCAGCCGGAGUCCCGCGGAACGCGCCCUCGACAAGGCCGAAAACCGCCAGGAGGCCGCCCAGAAGGAGCUGAAAACGGCUCGCGUGCGCGUGGAAGAGCUGGAGAAGAAGCUGAAAUCCACCACGGAAGAAUGGGAGCUGCCAUACUCCGGGCUGGAUGGUCGUUGCAUUGAGAAGAGCAUCGGCGAGUACAAGUACAAGAUCUGCUUCUUCGACGAUGCAAAGCAGGACAGUACCUCCAUUGGCAGAUGGAAGGGCUGGGAUGCCCCCGGGCUGGCAGCUUUCGAUGCCGGACAGUACUGUCCCGGUGGCCCGGAGCGGAGCCUCAAAGUGAAGUUCCAGUGUGGCUCCAAGGAAGAGCUCUUGGACGUCUCGGAGCCCAGCCGCUGCACCUACGAGGCGCAGCUGAAGCACCCGGCCGCUUGCACCGCCGAGCUCCUUCGAGCCCUUGAGGCUGCUGGGCCGAGACGCCCGCUGGACGAACUGUGA